AUGGAUCUCACUUCGUUCUUGACGUCCUUAGGGACGUCUUUUGCCAUUUUCGUCAUUUUGAUGUUUCUCUUCGCAUGGCUUUCAAGGAAGCCUGGGAACACUGUGAUUUACUAUCCCAAUCGGAUCUUAAGAGGCUUGGAUCCAUGGGAGGGCGGGUCCAAGACCCGAAACCCGUUUGCUUGGAUCAAAGAGGCUUUAACUUCCACAGAACAGGAAGUUAUCUCCAUGUCAGGGGUUGACACUGCUGUGUACUUUGUGUUCUUGAGCACUGUGUUGGGAAUAUUGGUUUUAUCCAGCCUUAUUCUGCUACCAGUCCUUCUGCCGGUUGCUGCCACUGACGUUGGAAGCAAGUUAUCCAUCAAUGCCACAAGCAAUGGCACUUUUAGUGACCUUGACAAGUUAUCCAUGGGACAUCUCCAGGAGAAGAGUCCUAGGUUGUGGGCAUUUCUGAUAGGCGUCUACUGGGUUUCUUUUGUUACAUAUUUCUUGUUGUGGAAGGCAUAUAAACAUGUCUCCGCCCUUAGAGCCAAUGCUUUAAUGUCUCCUCAAGUGAAGCCUGAACAAUUUGCAAUUCUUGUUAGAGACAUACCUGCGGCUCCUGCAGGUCAACUUAGAAAGGAACAGGUCGAUUCUUAUUUUAAGACUGUCUACCCCGAUACAUUUUACAGAUCAUUGGUGGUCACAAAUAAUAAAAAGGUCAACAAAAUCUGGGAAGAGUUAGAAAAGUAUAAGAAGAAGCUUGCACGCGCUGAAUCAAUUUAUGCAGCAUCGAAAAAUACUGGCAAUGCAGAAGGAAAAAGACCCACUAACAAAACUGGCUUCCUUGGUCUUUGUGGGAAUAAGGUGGACAGUAUAGAUUACUACACUGAGAAGAUCAAUGAAUUAAUCCCAAAACUGGAGACUGAACAAAAAGCUACUCUCCGAGAGAAGCAGGAAAAUGCUGCUCUAGUUUUUUUCACCAAUAGGGUGACUGCAGCUUCUGCAGCUCAGACUCUACAUGCCCAAAUUGUUGACACAUGGACAGUCACUGAGGCUCCUGAGCCUCGUCAAGUCCUUUGGCCUAAUCUUAAAAUUAAGUUUUUCCAGAGGCAAGUACGGCAGUAUGUUGUGUACAUCAUCGUGGCUCUGACCGUUGUGUUUUAUAUGAUUCCAAUUGCAUUUAUCUCUGCAUUCACAACAUUGGACAAUCUCAAGAAACUUCUCCCAUUUCUAAAGCCAGUUGUGAAUCAAGCUGCAAUUAAGACAGUGCUAGAGGCUUAUCUACCUCAAAUUGCACUUAUAAUCUUUCUAGCUUUGUUGCCCAAGUUCCUUUUCUUUUUGUCUAAGGCUGAGGGAAUCCCUUCUCAGAGCCAUGCUAUAAGGGCUGCUUCUGGGAAAUAUUUUUAUUUCACUAUCUUCAAUGUUUUUCUUGGAGUUACAAUAGGGGGAACCUUAUUCAGUACAUUCAAGACCAUCGAGAAGGAUCCUAACUCUAUUGUCACCUUACUAGCAACUAGCCUACCCGGCAAUGCAACUUACUUCCUCACCUUUGUGGCUCUGAAGUUUUUCGUUGGCUAUGGUCUUGAACUGUCCCGAAUAGUUCCUCUAAUCAUUUUCCAUAUAAAGAGGAAGUAUCUUUGUAAGACCGAAGCUGAGUUGAAAGCAGCGUGGCUUCCCAGUGAUCUUGGUUAUGGGACUAGAGUGCCUGGUGAUAUGCUCAUCAUUACAAUUGUCCUCUGCUACUCUGUUAUUGCCCCACUGAUUGUUCCAUUCGGUGUUCUGUACUUUGGCAUUGGAUGGCUUGUCCUUCGGAAUCAGGCACUCAAAGUUUAUGUUCCCGCAUACGAAAGCUAUGGAAGGAUGUGGCCUCACAUGCACGUUCGAGUUCUUGCAUCUCUGAUAUUGUACCAAGUUACCAUGUUUGGUUACUUUGGUGUGAAAAAAUUCGUCUUUGCACCAUUCCUAAUCGUACUGCCCAUCCUGUCCUUGCUCUUUGGUUUCAUCUGCCGCAAGAAAUUCUACCGGGCUUUCCAAGACGUUGCUCUUGAAGUUGCUGCUCAUGAACUAAAGGAACUUCCUAACAUGGAGCAAGUUUACAGAGCUUUCAUCCCACCAAGCCUGGGAUCUGAGAAGAUAGAUGAUGAUCAAUUCGAAGACGCUCAAUCUCAUGUUUCAAGAGCAGGAUCAUUUGCCUAG